GUUCUGAUGGAUCGGAGGACCAGCCCUGAGCCCUGACUAGAGCUGAGGCGCACAUUCUUAGCGCCUGCUCCAACAUGUGGCGCACACGCAGUGUCAGUUGUCAGCUGUGCAGCAGUGCGCUCAGGCUGGAGAGGCUUUAGUUGCGAAGUUUGUGUAAGUGAGUCAACACGGCACAGGGAGGACGCCACCCAGCCCUGCCCGGAUCCUCCUGAGCGGGGCUUCUCUCCAGGAAACACCGGCGCACACGCAAACACUCGACCAGUUGGCUGGGAUCGUACCUGUUUUGUCCUCUCACGCGCACACACCUGGGAUGGUUCUGGUGGUGUUCACGCGGGUUUUUCCUCUUUGGGAUUAACGCAGCGGAGGAGACAUGAAAGUGACGGUGUGUUUCGGGAGGACGCGCGUGGUCGUUCCGUGUGGAGAUGGGAAUAUUAAAGUCCUCAACCUGGUGGAACAAGCGGCCAUGAGGUAUAAAAAGGCCAUCGGAAAGGACCCCGGGUACUGGGUUCAGGUCCAUAGGCUGGAACAUGGAGAUGGAGGGAUUUUGGACCUUGAUGAUCUGCUGUGUGACGUGGUGGAUGACAAAGACAGGCUGGUUGCAGUAUAUGAAGAACAGGAUCCACACAAUGGAGGUGAUGGUACCAGCGCCAGCUCCACAGGAACUCAGAGUCCAGACCCGUUUGCUAAUGGAAUGAGUUCAGCAACGACCUUCCCGCCCUACCAGAACACCAGUGAAAUCGUGGUUACUCCAUCCACUCUGCUCUCUACCACAGGCAAGUCUCUUAAUGUCCGUCCCAGCAGUGAUCCCUCUUUGGAUGGCCUUCCUCCUGGUGAGAUCAUGGUUGGUCAAGAGGAACCAUCAAGAAAAAACCCAAGUCGUUGGUCCACAACAGCUGGUUUCCAAAAGUACAACCAUAAGCCAAGUGCAAGUGGGGGCCCAAGCACUCUCGAACAAAAGGGUAGAGGCACCCAGAACUAUAGGAGUCUUCCUCGUGACGCGAGUGGCUGGUCUGCUCAGUUUCAGAGAGAGUUGACUCGUUCUUCCCUCAGUGCCAACCAUCCAAUGGUCGACCGAUGGCUUGACCGACAAGAACAGGAAGAGGAGGAGGAACAGGAGCAAAAAAAAGAUGAAAGAGGAAUAGAGCGGAUCGAGCCAGUAGGGGGGGACGACUCUUCCCUGGAACGUUUGCCUUUCUUAAAUCUUGAAAGCAUGCUCAAGCCAGUCGAGGUGUCCAAUGGAGGAGGGCCUCUUGGGAUCCAUGUGGUCCCUUUCAGUUCGCAGGAUAUUAGGACUCAGGGCUUGCUGGUGAAGCGUUUGGAGCCUGGGGGGAAAGCUGAGCAGGAGCAUCUCUUCCAGGAGAACGACUGCAUCGUCAAAAUUAACCAGGGGGACAUCCGCAACCUGCGCUUUGAACAAGCCCAGAACAUUUUCAGGCAGGCGAUGCGUUCCCCACUCAUCCUCUUCCACGUGGUUCCUGCAGCCACGAAGAAGCACUACGAGCUGCUGUCCGCUCAGAAUGAGCUCAGUUCACCUCAGCUCAACAGGGUUCGCUUUAGCCAGGACUCACUGAGGUCCAGUGUAAUUGCUGGGUUACCAUUCAAAUCUGGACCCCCACCUGGCCAAAAUCAGAAUACUCACCAGAGCCUGCUGGCUGGAAGCACCCCAGAGCCAGGUCGGCGUUACACCAUGUUACCCCACACUUUAAUCACCAGGACGCCGUCGGCUUCUUCCCCCUCUCUGCAGCGUAGGAUAAGCACAAACUUGUCUAAUAGCACCUACCUAAAGAACAAAGGCCACAGGUUCAGCGUCCAGCUGAAAAAAGGUCCAGAGGGUCUUGGAUUCAGCAUCACAUCUAGGGAUGUCCCCAUUGGUGGAAGCGCUCCCAUUUUCAUCAAAAACAUCCUUCCCCGAGGCGCUGCCAUCCAGGACAGCCGGCUGAAAGCUGGAGACCGGCUGCUGGAGGUCAAUGGAGCAGACCUUAAUGGAAAGACCCAAGAGGAGGUGGUGGCCCUGCUUCGAGCUGCACCCAUGAAUGGGAUUGUGAACCUGUUGGCACUUCGGCAGGAGGACUCCCUGCUGCCCCGAGAAGUGAGGACAUCAGCAUCAUUUGAUCAACUUAGCCAACAUGAGGAAGAUGACGUGGUGCUAACCCAGGAUGGGUCGCGGGAGUUUAUGACGUUCGAGAUUCCCCUGAAUGACUCUGGCUCAGCAGGUUUGGGGGUCAGCGUCAAGGGUAACCGGUCAAAGGAGAACCAAGCUGACCUGGGCAUCUUCGUAAAAUCCAUAAUUAAUGGAGGUGCAGCAAGCAAGGAUGGACGUCUGCAUGUCAACGACCAACUCAUUGCUGUCAACGGGGAGUCAUUACUUGAGAUGACCAACCAGGAUGCUAUGGAAGCACUCCGCAGGUCCAUGUCGAUAGAGGGCAACAAGAGAGGAAUGAUUCAGCUGAUUGUAGCCAGGCGGGUGGCCAAAGACACCGAGGAGGUCCCUGUCAGCCCGCCACCUUUGGAGCUUCCUGCUAACCCUCAUGAACGUCGGAUCUCUCAGUCCUUCUAUGAAACAACUGACAGCUCUGACAACCUCUCUCCAACACAGCCUAAUGCAAUUGUCCGCAAUGGUCACUACCAGCUCUCUCCCACGGUGAAUAUGCCGCAGGAUGACAUAGUGAUGAUUGAAGAUGAUCGGCCUCCUCUGCUUCCUGCCCACCUGUCUGACCAGUCAUCCUCCAGUUCCCAUGAUGAAAUGUGCUUUGUGGGAGAAAAUCCAGCUUCACGGAGUCAUGAAGUUCCUGCUCAGAAUGACUGCUCUCUGAGCCCGGAUGCGGACCCUGACAUUUCGUUCCAGAGGGAAGGCUUCGGCCGCCAGAGUGUAUCCGAAAAACGCGUCAAGCAGUACGACAAUGCUGCUCAGCUGGAUAUCAUCAAAAAUCGCAAAUCCAAGAGCAUGGAUCUAGGUUCUGCAGAGGAAGUUGUGGGACCCUCACUGGGCCUGAAAAAGUCCAGCUCCCUUGAAAGCCUUCAGACAGCCAUCUCUGAGUCUAAUGUGAGUGAUAAGAUCACCGUCCAGAGGCUGCACUCACGGAUCGUCAGAGGCCGCUGCUGCAACGAGAGCUUCCGAGCAGCGAUUGAUAAAUCAUACGAUAAGUCUGGUGCUGCAGCAAAAGAGGAGAGCAACACACUGGACGAGGACACAGAGGGCAGCUCCCGAUCAGGACGUGAGUCCAUGUCCACCAGCGGCGAUCUGAGUGUGGGCGGCGGAUUUAACGGCAGCUUCUCUGUAGAGGACAACCAGCAAGAAGCAGCCAAAGGUGGGCUGAGGGAAUCCAAGAAAAUGGACAAGGACAAGAUCAAGCCUAAGAAGGGUGUGCUGAAGGGCUUGGGAGAGAUGUUCAGGUUUGGAAAGCACAAGAAGGAGGAGGACAGGAGGGAGACGAAGAACUCUAAAUCUAUAACUGAAGAUUUUCAAGCAUCAGAUAAGGAGACCCACCAAAUGAGGCUGGAGCAAGAAAGGAUCCAGGCCAAGACCCAAGAACUUCGGGACAAGCUGGCUAAAGAGAGGGAAUACGCUGAAAUCCAAGAUGUCAUCAGCCGCACCUUCAGCUCAGACGAGGAGCACACAUAUGCCGGUAUUGGGUCGUUGGGUUCAUCUGCAGACAGCAGCAGCCUGGAUGCCUACCACCACCCUUAUCACCUCCCUCAGAGUCCCAAGAGCCCUCAUGCUCCCCUGAACCUUCAGAACAAUGGCCCACCCUUGGAGGCGUUGUACGCUCAGGUCAACAAGCAUCGACGUCCUGCUCCUCCUGACAGCAAUCAAAUGGCUCCCAGUAAUCAUGACCGGAUACAGAGGCUGAGGAGUGAGUUCCAGCAGGCCAGACAGGAUGAUGACCUUGAGGACCAUCAACACUCUUUUAGCUUUGACCAGUCCUGGGUGGGCAGUGGGAUGGAGACGCAGAGCGGACGGCAUUCUGCAACAGUAGAGACUCAGGUCCAGAAGCAGCAGCAGCAGGAGGACAGAGACGGCUUCCAGCAGCCUCAUCGGCAGUACAACUCUCUGCCCCGGCAGCCUCGUAAGUCCCACAGUAACGUGUCCCAGGACUCAUGGAACAGGGGGUACCCGCCACCUGAGGGAUUCCGGACUCCCAAGGAGAACCCUCGCUUCUCUGGUGCCCAUCAAGGCUCCCGUAACGGCUACCUGGGAGCAUCCAACUUCAAUGCUCGAGUUCUGUUAGAGACCCAGGAGCUGCUGAGGCAGGAACAAAGACGCAGAGAACAAGAGGCCACCAAAGACAUGCUGUCACCUCCCCAGCAGGUCCCUACUGGCAGCAUCCACAACCAGGGCAGAGACCACAACCAGGCCCCUGGCAUGGGACACACGCCAACCGCAGCUCAGUUCAAAGGCCCCUACAGACAAGACGUCCCCCCAUCACCGAGCCAGCUGGCCAAGCUGAGCCAGCGUCCAGGCUCAGAGACGGGAAGGCUGUUUUAUUCCUGAGACAUCCGGACUCAUUUGAACAAAUAUUUACAGAAAAACAAAGAUGGCAGCAAGUCUGUUUUAUAAUAACAUCCUUUAAUAGUGGAAUUUUUAUAGGCUACUUAUGAAAAAAGGUUUUUUUUAUUACAUGAUCUCCUAGAAUUGUAAUAUAUAUGAUAGAAUGAUUUAGGAGGUUUUAUAGUUGUGAUUAUUGUUUUCUAUGAAAGAAAAGUGGCUUUUUAUUGUUGACCCUUUGUAGGCAUCUCCACCCAGCAGUCCAACACAUCCAAUAAUCAACAGGAGGUUUUGGGUUUGGAUCCCUGCUGCAUCACACAGUGUGUUUACAUGCACAACAGAAAACGGAAAUAUUGCCCUAAAAAUAUGCUGUUUUUUUUUUUUUUACUGUGCGUUAGUCUGGCUGAAAGUGAACUGGUUCUCAUCGAGCUGAAGCACGCAGAUAAUACGGUAGCAAUCCGAUUGCAUUCUGCAUGUUAACGGGACGGCCAAGCUGAAGUGGUUGGACGCUCGCGUUCCGGGAGAGACGAGGCCGCGGAAGUGGUCUCAUGACAAGCCCAUCGUCACAAAGCAACACGCGUGACACCAUAAAACAGGACAGUACGUACCAGUGUUGUUUUUGGCAGGCAUCUUUGUUGCAGUCUUAGUCUUGACCACGAAAAUGCAUUUUAGUCUUUAGUCGACAAAGACUUUUGUUUUUUAAUUUUACAAAACAUUGAACAAAGUAUUAUUCUCUAACAAAUGAAUUUAUAGGUCAGACGUGUACUUUGAGCUACUUGAGUGAGUUUCGUACCUACAUCAUUUAAUUUAUGGCUAUGGGACAAAAUCUCAGCUGCCUCAGAUUUUGUAAAACAACUUUAUUAAUAAUCACAACUUAUUGAUGCAGAUCUGUGCAUCAGUCUGUUGAUUUUCACAAAACAACAUAACAGAAUGGACACUUAGGGAGCAUAAAAAGUAUUCUACUUAAUAUGUAUACAGAAAUAAAGAAACGUGUUUGUUUAAACUAUUGUCAUGUUCUGUGUCCCUCUGUCCCCAGCCCCCUCCUGUUCUCACUCCAGGUUCUCCUCGUGUGUCUCAUUAUCAUCCCCAGCUUUCUCUAGGCUUCCCUCAGGUUUCCUUCUAGUCUCUCCCUGGUAAUUCCUAUUUUUAUAUUAGUCCUCCUCAUCCCUCUAGUUAUUAGUUGUUUAUAUUUGCCCUUAGGCCUAGUCCACACGUAGCCGUUUUUUUUAAACGAAUAUCCGCCCCUCCAAAAACUUGCAUCCAUACCACCUCGUUUAAAAAAAAAACUCUGUCCACACGUACCCGGGUGAAUACGUUGUUAAGGACAUGCCAGACCUGUAGGCGGCAGUACUUCCCCCGUUCUUAACCUCGUCCUUCGUCUGUGGUCUUCCGCAAGGAGCAGUAAUUCCGCUUGCAAAAACAAACAAGCAAAAAGCGCUUGGACAAUUGAUAAAGCGAGCGCAGCUCUGAGGGCAUCCAUGCUGUCGGCUAGUGUAAACACAGGUCGCACACGUGAUGUCAGCAUUUUUUUGUCGCGGAAAGUGACGUUGCGGACCUUAAAACUCCGGUUUUGUCUGUCCACAUGCAGACACCCAAAACGGAGAAAACGCAGAUCUUCACUUUAGCCGGAGUUUUUAAAAAGAUCCGUUUUUGUGUGAAAAAACUCAGUUUUCGUGUGGAUGACGUUUUGGCAGAUCCCCGGCUACGUGUGGACAGGGCCUUAGUCUUUAGGUUUAGUUACUCCAUGUUUUAUAGGUUAAUGUUUAUCUUCCCUCCUGCUUAGUUCUUUCCCCCAUUUAGUUUAUUGGAUGCACCUGUCUUCCCUCCAGAAUCUCACUCCUCACACCUGUCACGUGUUCCCCUGAUUACCUCCCUCUGUGUUUAAAAACCCUGUCUUGUCCCUCAGUGUUUGUCGGUCCAUUGUUGUUGUCAGCGUGUUUUGUUUCCCCCGUGUAAACCUUAGACUCCUGCUCAGUUAAGUGACCUUCUAAAUUUUUCGUUUGCUCCUGAUACCUGGCUUGGCUUCCUGUCCAUGAUUUUUGGAUUAUUUCCCAAAAUAAAAGAUUCUACCUUUUUUCAAUUACUCCUGCCUCAUGUCGUCUGGUGCUCCAUCUUGGGUCCUACUCCACCUGCUCUGAACCUGACAGUUAUUGGUUGAGUUAUCAGACCUCCAUCUUAGUGUCUUUAAAUGUAUAUUUUGGCAAAGUCUACCUACUUAAAUGCAGCAAUGUUUUUCCUUAAGCCUGCAGUGUUGUGAUUUUUCACGAGCCUACAGACUAAUAUAAAUAACCCAGUUCUGCUCUUGAGCAUCAGCAGAGAUGCUCACAAAUAUUUAGAUGGGCUUAAACUGUGAUGCUGUUGGGUUAAAAAGCAGGAAUGUGACCCGUUCGUUAUUAGGGAACAGGGAGCAGUGACAAUAAUCCUGACACUGACUUUAAAACAUUCGUCUUAAACGUAUUCAGAUCAAACUUUAUCAAAACCGUCAUUUAUUUCAUGUAUCUGCCCAAAAGCAUGACUUUUUCAGGAAACACUGGAUAAGAAAUUUGUUAAUAUUACAGAUAUGUUUAAAAGUAACAACGCCGUCGCUCGUAGUAGCGUCAAUGAACAGCUGAGCGCUGCACGUUCCCGCGGCAGGGAAGCGCUGAGUCGAGCUGAGUACAAUUAGAGUGAUUUUUGCUUUCUGGUGUGGGUGGGAGCUAGCUUCACUCAGCUGCUGAGUCUGGUCUGAGCAGAGGACACACACAGACAGCAGCAAUACUGACCAUGGACAUAAUUUGGGGGGGAGACAUGUCCUCCCCACCUUUUCCAAAGUCAAGUUUUGACCCCGCACUUUUUACCAUCCAAAAACAAUAUUACGCUAUAUCAAACUGACAAUGGUUGAGCUCUAGGACCAAGAGGAAAACAACCGUUAGUGUUGAAGCCUGUUUCCCAUUAGAGCAUACUGUAAAGAUACACUAUCCCACUCCCACCCCGUGUCCCCCCGCUUCUAAAGCGAAAAUGGCGUCCAUGGUGCUGACAGUUACAACGUUUGAGAGACAGGCAAAAAUUAGCAUUUUGAGCAUAGUUUUCAUCUAGUCUCAGCUCGUUAACGAAAACUCCAGUUCGUACAGUCAUGUUCUAGUCACCAAAGACCUAUUUUUAGCUCGCCAGCGUCUCGUUUUCAUUAACGAAAACAACACCGGUAUGUACCAAAUCAGAUGGGCUGCAGCCACGGGCGUAAUUUUGGGGGGGGGGGCAGCGGGGACAUGUCUCAGUCACUCUUUCCAAAGUCAAGUUUUCACCCCUGCACUUUUUACUGUCCAAACACAAUAUUACGCUAUAUUAAAUAGACACUGGUUGAGCUCUAGGACCAAGCGGAAAACAAACGUUUGUGUUGAAGUCCAUUUCCCAUUAGAACAUACUGUAAAGAUACAACCCCCCCGGUCCUCAUGCCGGUUGUGUGCCCCCACUUCUAAAGUGAAAAUUACGUCCAUGGCUGCAACGUUGCUGCUGUGCAUUCCUUCAGCCAUAUCUUGUACAUAUCCUGUUUUAAUUCCGUCUGCUUCACUCCCGCCGGUCUCUGUUUUCUGCUUGUGUGGGUGAGCUAACCGGAAGGAAGCCAACAUGAAAAGGUGAAUGUUGCCACCUACUGUACCGGAGUGGAACUAAAUUUAUUUGAGAGGCUGGUUUUCUAAUGUGCAUGUAAACUAGGAUGAAGACUCCCAACUUAUUACAGUGAGAUCAGCCUGGAUCGACUUAGAUGUCAGUGGUGUGCAUGUAACUGCACGGUGACUGAAUCUGGUUUAGAUGACCCAAAGACCCAAAAUACCCAGUCUACAGAUGAUUUAUACAAUCAAGUUCUGGAUCUUUAUUGAGACCAUUCUUGAGAGAGUCAGGGCCUACUUUUAUUUUUCAUGAGGUGUCUGUGUGUGUGUGUGUGUGUGUGUGUGUGUGUGUGUGUGUGUGUGUGCGUGCGUGCGUGCGUGCGUGCGUGCGUGCGUGUGUGUGUGUGUGUUUGUUUACGUGUGUCUGACUGUCUGUACGAACUGUUUGGAUUGCUUGCAAGAAAGCCUCCUUCCACACCACACACUGAUCACAUCAUGGAAAUGGCCCUUUUGGUUUCAGAUCUAGUCCUUCAACACACACACACACACGUGCACACACACACGCACACACAGUCUCUCUCUCUCCUAUUUUUCAGUAUGGUAAUUCUGGAUCCUCUCUUCCCCUCAGCUGGCUGCUUUAUCUCAGCGUCUUCUCCUCACACUGUCACCCUCAUCCUUCUGCUCCCUCGGUGGAGAAAAACAGCUUCAGAUCUUCUUAAUUCUUUCUCUGCUCCACUCACCCAGGGAAACCAGCAGUACAAAACGGGGUCAGGCCUGGGUUAUGAAUUAAUGCCUUGCAUCAAAAAUGAAUGCAGGCCUUUGUGCAUGUUUGUUGUCACGCGUGUGUGGAGGGUAGCCGACUCCAGCUCUUGCUUCACCUAGAAUGAUUUGGUUGCAACCGGAGACCACUCAAGGUGUCGAAGCUGGUUCUCAAUGAAUAUUUCAUCAGGGUGGUUACAAGUGAAACCACAUCAGCUGAGCGGUGGGUGGCCUCAUCGCAGUCCAGCCCCUCCAUACAAUGAAGCUGAUUUUGUUUCCACUCAUGAUUGUGUCCAUUCAUGAGAAAACCACUGAGGAGCAUUUUCAGUGUUCCGUCAAUAAUUAGUGGUCCAGUUUUUGUGAACUGUGUUUUUGAAAAUUCAUCAUCCACCAGAUUGUUGUUUUAUUCCCAUCCUUUCACAUUUAUAAGGAUCUCUGGUGGAUGAAUAUUUAUAACCUGGAUAUAACUUAAGACUAUGUCUAGGAUUUCUGUUAACAUCGUGUGUUUACAAGCAUUUAUGAAAUUUGGUUUGUUUGUUUCAAAUUUUUAGAAUCUUGCCAAUUUAUUUUUUCCUGAGCAGGUAAUAAGAACAUGUGUCUAUAAGCUAAAAGGCUGACUCGUUCACUAAUGGAUAUUCACUGUGCACUAUAAACCCGAAUAAGUUCCCAGAACUCAAACAUUUUGAGGCAAUCAAUUGCCUCAAUAUUUGUUUUUGAGUUUUGAAAUCGAAAAUUUUAAGUUUCAAUAAAUGAAAUUUCUUCAUAAAUUGUACUCAUACAUUUUAAGUUUAAUUAAAUUAAAAUUGCUCAUCCAAUCAACUCAAAAUAUUUUAGUUACCAAUAAACAUUGUUUUAAUGUUAGAAAAACAGAAAAAACACAACUACACCUUUUCUCAGGUCCAGAUGGUUCAGCAGGUUUAACCCUGUGCUUAAAUGUUUGUUUUCUUUUGAACAAAGCUGAACAAAUCAGAUGUUUCUAAUAACAACUACAGAGACUGUACUAACAAACAGAGGUGGCUACUAGAUAAGAGGAUGUGAACUACACAUCCAACCUGAGGCCCUCAUUCUCUAAAAUGUGCAGCACCAAUUUUCUUUUCUUUAGUUUGUUUGUUUGUGUUUGCUAAAGUCAUUUAUGCUGCUAACUUUUUUUAACACCAGAUUUAAAAAGCAAGUGGUGCUAAAAUUAGCUUUCACAACCACACUCGUUGGGUUCAGAAGCAAUUUGCACUAUUUGUGUGUUAGAUUGCAAUUUUCAUCUUUGCACAUCUAGAAAUCACUUUCUGCUAUGAAAACAAAAGAUGAAAAAAGAUUUUCUCACAGUGAACAAAGCACAAAGACGACAAAACAUCUCAUUGUUGAAGGAAGGAAUCACAUAUAGGAUGCAAUUUCCAAAGCAAUUAAAACACUUUUGAAUGUUUUGACCACAUCUCAACUCGACUACAUCAGUGGUUCCUUAAAUCCCACACUGACGGGUGCUGAGACACAUCCUUGCCCUGAGUUUUUAUGUAGACAUUUCCUUUGAGAAUUGAACUGGUGCAAAAGCCUGUGUAGCUUCCGGUUAGCACCUGAAAAGCCCAACAACCCCUUGACUAAUCUGGACCUGGAUAUACUAAUGUGUUCAUGAUACGAAUGUCUCCAGAUCACAGUUCUGUUUUCUGCUGCUCCUCAUCCUCCCAGAGCAACGAUUAUGAGGCUGAUGAUUCACAUUGGUAACUAUCAAACAUAUGAUUACAUAAAGUAGAUGAAUAGCGCUUGUUUAUCCGGCAUGUUUCUGUGUAGGUGGCCAUGUGUUUAUGUGUAAAUACUGCCAAUAACUGGAUUUUCCAGCAUGUCUGUGACUAUGUCUGAGCAGCCAUAUGAACUGCUUGGCUGCUGAGUGGGAGAGGAGCAGAGGAGUAGGAGGGAGAGAAGAUGGGAGGCCUGACCUUGCAGAUGAUUCAGUCAAUGGUGUAAUCACAACCAUUCCUCUGAGUCUUCAGUACAAACAAGAGGUUACCGGCGAGGCAGCGCUCACUUCUGUUCCCUCCUUUUCCUAUUUAUCUCUUUCGUCUGCUUGUUUUGUGUUUGUCUGGGCAGAUUCUCUUACUUGUGUGGAUGCGAGCUGCUGGCUAUGUGUGUGUGUGUGAGCGCGUGCGCGGGUGUGUG